AUGUCAGAAUCGUCGGCUCUGGCCCUUAUUGACAAAGCUGGUACCAUAAGUACGAAGGAAGCUAGCUCAGAUAUCAAAAGCUCGUUGCUUUUCACGGCAAGAUGGGAGUCAUUGCUCAUGUCGGCGCCCAUUGCCCUGAGCUCCCUGGGGGCUUGCUACGUUGCCAGCUCAUCAGAAAUUGCGCGGACUAUCAAGUUGACAAUUCCCAAGGAUAGCAAGUUGACAACUCCCUCCUUGCCUGCAAACCUGGUCGAGUGCGGCAACUUAGGCACAAAUGCCUUUAUCGAAGCGGAGGCUGCCAUGGGUUCGAUUCACAUGAACUCGAAGAUGGUUGAUAUGAAGGUUGCUGACAUCAUCAACGCGUUGGGAGAUCCUACAAUGGCUAAGAGGAACCUCCCCUCCCACUUGAAUAAUCUCAUGGGUGCAGCUCAAGAGUGCCUGCAACGGGCACUGGAUAUGGACAAGAAAUUCGAUGAAUGGCUUGAGUUCAUAUGUGAUCUCCGUGUCGCCUGCGUGGAGCAGUCGUCCACAACUGAGGACGAGCUUCGGACGGGCAAGAUCAACCAGUUGUCCGAGAAGACUAGACUUGAUUACCAAACCAUGGCUGUCGCAAGCGCGGAGAACGCCACCAAGAGGUUGGAGCAGGAGUUAACUGUUGCGUCGGAGGCUUUCAAGAAGGCUUCUGACGAGUAUCCUACAGGUUGGGACAUUGUAGGUCAACAGAUUGUCAGCGGUCUUGCCGAUACAUUCAACACAGCUGUGAAUGCUGCAAUUCCAGUCCUGAUGCAGCACUUGUCGCCUUUCAAGAAUUUCACCGCAGCUGCUGGAGCAGUCGGUGAUUUCAUAGACGACAUUCAGGACGACGAAACCCCGCAAUCUCAACGCCCCCCGACGAACGGUGCGACAUCCACUAGGCCUUCAGGACCUGCUCCAACCGCGUCCAAUCAGAUUCCAGUACCGCACAUUACAGACCCAGCUUACUCUCAAAUCAACACCUACAUGUUAUACCUCAACAUCCUCAAUGAUCUACUGAGCAGUGGUAAAGAUAAAGGUGUCAACUGGGAUAAGGCUAGAGGGAGUGAGAAGACUGACCCCAAGACAACUGCUAAAUUUCUUGUUUCCAUGUUCAGCGAUGCUAAGCAGUCAUUUGCGGGCUUGGCAACGAAGGCUCAAGCGAGCACUGAUUAUAGAGAUGUCAUCGAGACUGCUUUAGAGGUUGCCACUGCGGUCGAAAAGGAAGUCAACAAGGGCACAAGCGCUUCAUAUGAGCUUCCCAAGGGAGGCAGCGCUCUUGUAAAUCUUUGGCAGCAAAAGUUCAGGGACGCAUACCUGAAAGCCUAUGGACUAUAUUCAACCGCCAAAGCUCUCCCAGGAAACCCGCCGAAUGGGGAAGUGCCAAUCCAGUUCCCGCUCAUACAAAGUACCCCUCUGGAAUCAUCUACAGAUCCCAAGAGCGACCAAGCACAAGCAAUCUUGGAGUCGGCCAAGAACAGGCUGAACACGACCCAGGAGGCAUACCGAACUACUCAAGACAACUUCCUAGCCUCGGCAGAGAUGCUCACAACUCAGAAAGUUAGGUUGGGCGAAAUACAGAGCAAGAUUACAGAUUUGCAGAUGAUGACCAUGGAUUUGGCACGUCAACCCCCUCGUGUGGUUUCUUUCUUACGAUGA